GUCACGCGUCAUAUCUGCCGGCGGUAUCACACAUGCGCAAAACCAUCCAAGAAAGACGCCCCAUCCUCAUCCAGGUGUUGGUCGAGCAGACAGCCUUCAGGAACAGCGUCUGUCUGCCUUUGCAACUCAAUUUGUCCAUCUGGGCCGCGUCGCUCCCAGCAGGGUCAGAGGAAAGAGACCAGGAAAAUCAUCAGCAGCAUGUCCCUCAGUGACGACGUGCAGUUCAGCAUGGCUGAGAAGAAGGAGAAGUCCGCUCAAAGCCACGGCGCGGAGGAAGACGAAGACGACGAUCCCGAACAGGUCAAGACUCAAGAGCUGUUCAAGCAUCUGCAGAGUAUCCUCGACAAGCUGACCCGUCAGAAGUUUCAGGAGUUGAUGAAACAAGUGAUUGAUCUGACGAUAGACACAGAGGAGAGGCUGAAGGGAACCGUUGAGCUCAUCUUUGAGAAGGCCAUCUCAGAGCCUAACUCCUCUGUGGUCUACGCCAACAUGUGCCGCUGCCUUGUGGGGUUGAAAGUCCCCACCUCAGACAAGCCAGGAGUUUUUGUGAACUUCCGCAAACUGCUGCUCAACCGCUGCCAGAAAGAGUUUGAGAAGGACCAGGAUGAUGAUGAAAUCUUUGAGAAAAAGCAAAAAGAAAUAGAGGCUGCCAAAGAAGGAGAGGAGCGUGAGCACUUGAGGGUGGAGCUGCAGGAUUCCAGAGACCAGGCCCGUCGCCGUUCACUGGGUAACAUAAAGUUGCUUGGUGAGCUCUUCAAGCUGAAGAUGCUGACAGAGGCCAUCAUGCACGACUGUGUAGUGAAACUACUGAAGAAUCAUGAUGAAGAGUCUCUGGAGUCUCUCUGCAUGCUGCUCUCCACAAUUGGUAAAGACCUGGACUUUGAGAAAGCCAAGCCUCGCAUGGAUCAGUACUUCAACCAGAUGGACCAGAUCAUCAAAGAGAGAAAGACCUCAUCCAGAAUCAGUUUAAUGCUACAAGACGUCUUGGACCUCAGAAGGAGUAACUGGUUGCAGGAUGAGGGAUGGAACAUGGGGGGCCGAGGCUUCCACACACCAGGACGUCGCUGGACUAGCCAGUAUCAGGAUGAGGGGUGGAACACCCGCCUUAGCAAGAUCACAAAGCCACCUGGGCCGCGUCGCUCCCACCGUGGUCACAGGAAAAAGCCCAGGAAAAUCAUCAGUCCCGAACAGGUCAAGACUCAAGAGCUGUUCAAUAGUCUGCACAGUAUCCUCGACAAGCUGACCCCUCAGAAGUUUCGGGAGCUGAUGAAACAAGUGAUGGAUCUGACGAUAGACACAGAGGAGAGGCUGAAGGGAGCCGUUGAGCUCAUCUUUGAGAAGGCCAUCUCAGAGCCUAACUCCUCUAUGGUCUACGCCAACAUGUGCCGCUGCCUUAUGGGGUUGGAAGUCCCCACCUCAGACAAGCCAGGAGUUUUUGUGAACUUCCGCAACUUGCUGCUCAACUGCUGCCAGAAAGAGUUUGAGAAGGAACAGGAUGAUGAUCUAAUCAUUGCGAAAAAGCAACAAGAAAUAGAGGCUGCCAAAGAGGGAGAGGAGCGUGAGCACUUGAGGGUGGAGCUGCAGGAGUCCAGAGACCAGGCCCGUCGCCGUUCACUGGGUAACAUAAUGUUCAUUGGCGAGCUCUUCAAGCUGAAGAUUCUGAAUGAGGUCAUCAUGUACAUCUGCAUAGGGGAACUACUGAAGAAUCAUGAUGAAGAGUCACUGGAGUGUCUCUACAUGAUGCUCUCCACAAUUGGUAAAGACCUGGACUUUGAGAAGGCCAAGCCUCGCAUGGAUCAGUACUUCAACCAGAUGGACCAGAUCAUCAAAGAGAGAAAGACCUCAUCCAGAAUCAGUUUAAUGCUACAAGACGUCUUGGACCUCAGAAAGAGUAACUGGGUGCCUCGUAAAGGAGACCAGGGUCCUAAAACAAUCGACCAGAUCCAGAAGGAGGCAGAGAUGGAGGAGCACAGGGAACACAUGUCCAAGAAAGAGGGAGGAGGUGGAGGAGGAGGAGGCGACAGGAUGGGAGGGAACAAUGCAGUUAAGCGUGAGAGCGCCCCCACUCCUCCUCCCUCUCUUCCAAAACCUGCCUUGAGUGAAGAGGAGUUGGAGAAGAAGUCGAACGCCAUCAUUGAAGAAUACCUCCACAUUAAUGACUUGAAGAAAGUGGAGUUCACCACUGGAGACGAGACAGAGUCAAAGGAAGUGGAUGAGAAGAAGGUCCUCACUGGAGAGGAGACGGAGUCAAAAGAAGUGGAUGAGAAGGCUAACUUGGACGAGCAGCAAACUGCUUCCAACCAGUUCGUACGAGCACUGAUGACGUCAGUGUGUCAGUCUGCCAUCAUAGGUGACAACUCGUACAGGGUGGAUGCACAGCAGAUCAGCCGGAGAGCCAGUCUGCUGCAGAGAUACCUGUCUGAUGAGCAGAAGGAGCUGCAGGCCCUCUACGCCCUCCAGGCUCUGAUGGUGCACAUGGAGCAGCCAGCGAACCUCCUGUGGAGGUUCUUUGACGCCUUGUACGACGAAGACGUUAUUGAAGAGGGGGCCUUCUACAAAUGGGAAACCAGCAAAGACCCUGCGGAGCAAACAGGCAAAGGUGUGGCCUUGAGAUCAGUCACCGCCUUCUUCACCUCGCUCCGUGAGCAGGAGGUGCUGAUAGAGGAGGAGGAGGAGUGGUCUGACUAGGAAUAAAAGACUGAACUGAAAGUUGCCGCCCCCCUUUGGCAAGGCGGGGGCUCUGCAGGCGGCUGCAGAGAGUUGUAGAAAAUAUUGCCAGAGAGGCAGACUCAAAUCAAUCCUUAAUGAGGAUAAAUCUUAAUUAUUUUUCCUUUUCUUUG